AUGCCAAGGACCAAGUGCAGUAAAGAAUAUAACCCAUCCGUCAUGGAUCGGUAUCGCAAGAUUGAUUCUGACGUUGACAGGGAAAUCUUCUUCAACUACUACCUUGGCUUCAACUCCGGUGGAAAGCAAGGGUACAACAUCCUCAAACCACCUGGCAGUACAACUCACCGACGAGGAGUUGGUGAAGUUUAUACCAAGGACCAGUUUCGAAGCAAGGGUAAAAAGCUUGCUCUACUUGCAACUGCAUUCCUUGCUACCAAGGAAUCGGAAGAAGGCGAAAUCAUCCCACCGAUGGACCAAAGACCCACUUUCACUGCGGAACAGAUCCAUGAAAUGGUCGAGGAUCGCAAAGACAAGAGAACUCCCAUGAAGAAGUUUGAGGAUGAAUUGGCUGGCAAGGAUGUGAUGGAGUUCUUUAUAUUUUUCAUGUACUAUGAUGGCUUCAAGAGCGCCGCCGAAAGAGAAGGAGAUCCAACAGUACCGCACUACGGAUUCAACCUUGCAUCUGGUCCUCCUGGUAGUGUCAACCACCAGAGGUGCUACAAUAGACUAAGACCAAUGGUCAACUUUCGCACAAGAGGACAUCGUCUUGGGGCCCUUGCAAAGGAAUUCCUUGACAACAACAUUGAACCACCUGAAGAGUGUCGUCCCAUUGAAGAGGAUCCGGAGCCGCCCUCUGAUAUGAUCGAUGAAGCUACAAGACUUCUAGCUGGAACUUCGAUCUAG